CCUGUCCGGUAUGUUCCGGCCCCUGUGAUUUACCUGCCUCAGCGUCUGAGAUCGGCUGCCAAGAGGACAUCAAAGUCAGAUCCUGAUUCUGACACAGGCAACCACAGUCUGCUACCCGGUGAUUGGGUCCUAGUCAAGAAAUUUGUGCGAAAACACACUCUGGAACCAAGAUUUGAGGGACCAUUCCAAGUUCUCCUGAUCACCGCUACCUCUGUCAAGCUGGCUGGUAGGCCACAUUGGAUUCACGCCUCUCACUGCAAAAAGACACCUGCUCCAGAAGAAGCUGAUUCCGCACAACCAUGUACUUCUGGUACCUAAUCCCCUUGAUUGGCCUUCUUAAAGCCCAGCAGGUGGCCAUAACUAAAGAUGCUAGUGGGUACACCUUCUGGUAUAAUUCAUCAUGUACCCGUGUGGCCACCUUUACCUUUGAUUACUGUGAUAUUGUAGAUUGCCCAUUCCCUAAAUCACAGAUUCAAGCCAUUUAUAAAGACAUACCGCAAGCAAAAGACCCCUACAUUUGUGUAGUUGAUAACCAAUGGGGGCAUAAUUGUGAUCAUUGGGGGGCGGCGGGAUGGAAUACCGGGCCUGCCUGGGGUUACAAACCAAAAAGUGCUUUAUCAAAAGUAGAUGAUCAUGGUAGAUCCCUCCUCCAAAGAAUGACUUUAAGAAAGCCUGGAGGAAGUACACCUAUGAAAUUAGUAUUAAAUAUUGAACAUCCUGGCCCAGAGGAUGCUGGCCAAUAUGUAAUGGGAAUGUACUGGAGAAGGGGUUCCUACAAUAAACUAGGACAUUUCUACCUCAAUGAUAUGUGUCACUCUCCAGAGUGGCAAGGGGCUGUACAUAUGGUCCCAAAUCCGCUGAAACCACACAUCCAGUCCUUUAGAGACAUGAUGGCCAUUGCUAACCCUACCUUUGAAGAUACCAUGGCCGCUGAAACUGGAUUUAAUGACAUUAAUUUGUGGUUAGAGUGGAUGAGAUAUAAUGCCAAUAAGCAUAAUCGAACCGCAUGUUAUGUAUGUGGUGGUGCCCGACCUCACCUUGGCACCGUUCCCCUAAUCCUCCCUUUAGAAAUAGAAGAGUGUUUCUUGAGUCUUUUCGCCUACCGCUAUGAUUUUAACAGAUCCCUCUGCGAAACAUGGACAGCAGAGUACCCUAUCCUAGUAGGAGGUGUUAAACCCCCAGAUGGAAUUACAAUCUAUAAAGGUAAUUACACUUGCUACACCAUGUAUGAUGGGAUCGGUAAAUUUAUGGGUAACUUUUCCAAAGGUUAUUGUGCUACCUACAGAACUGUUCCUGUGCACCUGUUACAACACCAUACUAGGUCACUAGGCGAUAUUUACUGGUUGUGUGGGGAUUUACAAUUAAGGUCUAGACUGGAGUCUGAGUGGUGGGGAGAGUGUACCUUAGUCAAAGUCAUCAUGCCCAUCCACAUUAUUUCUGAUAAUCAUCCUGACACUCAUAGUCCGGCACACACAUCAGCCAGAGCCAAACGGGAAACCCCAGUGAAAGGCAGUUUUGACCCACAUGUUUACAUAGAUGCCAUUGGGGUACCUAGGGGGGUACCUAAUGAAUUUAAAGCUAGAGAUGAAGUUGCAGUGGGGUUUGAAUCACUGUUCACUAUAGUCACUGCCAAUAAGAACCUUAACUGGAUAAAUUAUAUCUAUUACAACCAACAGCGCUUUGUUAAUUAUACCAGGGAUGCCCUCCAGGGUUUAGCCGAACAAUUACAAGCCACAUCCCAAAUGACCUUCCAGAACAGACUGGCCUUAGACAUGAUUUUGGCUGAGAAGGGGGGUGUAUGUAAAAUACUACCCGACACCAUGACUUGUUGCACUUACAUUCCAGAAAACACAGGCCCUAAUGGUAAGGUCACUUUGGCCAUAGAAAAAUUAAAUAAACUCUCAGAAGAGUUAAAAAAGAAUUCUGGGGUGACAGAUCCCUGGGAAAAAUGGUUUGGUUGGAUGACUGGUUGGCAAAAAGCUUUAGUUCAUAUUGGUAUGGCUCUACUAAUUUUUCUUUUUGUUCUCGCUCUUCUCGUUUGUUGUGUCCUCCCAUGCCUCAGAAAAUUCCUACAGAAGACUGUAGACCAAACGACACCAACCUUUACUCAUCUGGAAAUUGGUGAUCAAGAUCUUACAUCGCCCUGCAUUCCGCUACAAACUCUUCCCUAUGACGCUGAAGUGCAGAAAUUCUAGGGAGGGACCAGCUUAGGGACAGCAUCUGUCAGUGAAUGGUAAAGACCCCGUGUGGAGAAGUGGUGGACAAGCCACCAUGGGUCACCCAUGGGAGUGAAGUGUUCGAGAGCCAUGCUGACGAUGAGUUAGCCUACUAGGGUCAGAUUAUGGACAGAAUUGCACUUUGCACUAACACCAAAGUAGCGGACAUGGGGUUUUAUGUGUCUUUGGGCUAACAAAUUUUCUGAUACUAACAAAUAAAGUUUAUCCUUUUUAGCAAUUAACACUCUAUAGGGGGGACUGUUGUAGAAUUAUUAACCCCCUCUAACUUAUAUCCAUUAUUAGGCCCCUUAUAAACUAUAUAAUCCUUACUGGGCCCCUUUUAAUACUAUAUUCUCAUAUUCAGC